CGUCAUUCACUCUCUUCGCCGGAGAACAGUCGCCGUCACCGGAGGGUUUAUUUUUAGUGUACUCGUUAUGUCAACGGACUCAGAACUUGAGGAUGUAGAGACUAAGAAGGGAAGCGAGAUUGAGAAUGUCUCUGAUGCAGAAUCUGAGGAUCUCUCACAAAGAUCGAAACUUGAGAGUCUAGGAAGUGUAGUUUCAUCAGCUAAUGAGGAGAAGCUGAAGCUAUGUGACUCAGAUUUGGUUUGGGGUAAAGUGAGAAGCUAUCCAUGGUGGCCUGGACAAGUGUUUCUUGAUCCAUCCGUUGCCUCCACCAAGGCCAAGAAGUACUUUAAGAAGAAGAAAGGAACUUUCUUGAUUGCUUAUUUUGGGGAUUUCAGUUUCGCUUGGAACCAUGUAUCAAAGAUCAAACCUUUUCAUCAUCAUUUCUCGCAAAUGGUGAAUCAGAGUGACUCUCGUGAGUUUCGUAAUGCUGUUGGUUGUGCUUUGGAAGAGGUUUCAAGGAGAGUGGAGUUUGGUUUGUCUUGUGCUUGUGUCUCUGAGGAAGCUUAUGACAGAGUCAAGACUCAGAACGUAGUGAACCCUGGUGUUAGAGAGGAGUCAAGGGUGAGAUACGGUGGAGAUAAGGUAUCAGAUGCUGUCUUCUUCGAACCUGUGAAACUUGUGGAGUAUAUGAAGCGUUUAGCUUGCUUUCCGAGGUAUGAUGAGAGUGAUAAGCUGUUGUUUGUGAGUAACCGAGCAAAGUUAUUGGCUUUUCAGCAAUGGACAAGCUAUCUUAGCUUUCCUAGGUAUGAAAAUGAAACGUUUUUAAAGGAUAUGACUGAUGAGAAGAGAGAAGAGCAGACUUUGUCAGAUUUUAUUGCAGACAAACGGUUUGGGAAGUCGCAUUCUGACAAGAAGCGUAAGGUUGAGUCUUUGGAGUCAAGUAAGCCUAAGAAAAAGAUCAAGAACAAUCGGCAAAGAGAGGAUUCGUCUGUUGGGAAUAAGGUGGCUGAACCAUGUUUUGCAAUGAGAACUAUCCCUUUGAGAACGGAAAGCGAGAUGGAUCAUGCACUAAAGCCUUGGGGUGAUUCUAACUCUAUUUCAAAACUGGAAGUUGAGAACAAGAAGAUGAAGAAGCCUCAACUCAAAGAGCUUGCCCCAAAAAAGAUUUCUCCUCCUGAUGAUAUGGUAGCAAGCCGAAAGGGAACACCUCAACCACUCCACUUAGAGCACUCAAACUAUGAAGAUUUUGAGAAGUUCAUAGAGGAAAUGUCCUGCAGUAAUCUCAACCAUGAAUCGGAUCAGGCGAGUAUACCUACUGAUGUGAAAGAAUCUUCAGACAAGCUGAUCUUACCUGAGAAUAAAGAUAUCACUGACUCUGGCUCGAAAGAGGAGCAAACCGGUGUCAAAGACUGUUCAGCAGAUUCAUCAGCACCAAAUGCAUUGAUCCUCAAGUUUGCGAGUUCAAGUUCUGUUCCGUCCGAAGAAAAGCUGCACGGUAUAUUUAACCGUUACGGUCCUUUGAGAGAAGCGGAGACUCGUGUGAUGAAGAAAGGAAAGAAAGCAAGAGUGGUGUUCAAAAGAGGUGAAGAUGCAAAGACUGCCUUCAGCAGCUCCGGGAAAUACAGCAUCUUUGGACCUUCUCUUCUAAGUUACAGCCUCAAGUAUGUUGGCCCCAAAGACAAAGAGAGCAAUGGCAGAACCCAUUGAAACACAACUGUUUAGUAUCAAAGUUUAGGGUUUAUCAAGAUUAGGACACGAGCUAACUUUUGUUAUGAAACUGAGAUAUGUUAUAAACUGAACUCUCUCUAUGUUGCAAAGAGUAUGUUUCAAGGUCAGAACUUAAGGAUUUAAAGCAAAUGAAUUUGGAAUCUCAAAUGACAAG